UUUAUGAAUUGUUUCUUUUCUGGAACAGAAAGUCCCACGCAGGCGACGUCGAGACUUUCAGUUCACCAGCCCAAUGCUGAGACCAUUUUAAAAAAAAUCUAUCUCCUCCUUCAGCUGCAUUUGUAGACUAAACUGUUGUCUCACUUUAUUGCCUCUGUGUCUGACUAGGUGCGAUUCCCAAAAGAACUGACACCCACCUCCUCCUCCUCCUCGUCGUGGUGCCGCAGCAGCAGCAGUCAACACGAGUCCUUGAUGCUGAAGUGUGGUUACGCUAAGGGGAGCAAUUUCAGUGCAUCGCUGUGAACACACACACACACACACGUAUUGUGGAGCCUUUUGGAUACAAACACUUCACUGGAGACAAUGAGAGGCUACCUGCUGACUGCAAUUUUUCUGCUGCCCUUGGUGGCCUCAGAGUCCGAGCAUUGUCUCAUCAAGCGUGAACAUGAGAAAUGCAUGGAGAUGAUCAUACUGCACAACCCCAGCGAUGACCUUGACUUAGUGUGUCCUUGGAUGUGGGAUAACCUGACCUGCUGGCAGGCGGCCAGUGUUGGUGAAGUUGUGGCGGUCAGCUGUCCAGAGCUCUUCCAUGACUUCAUGGGCCCCGAAGAUGAGAUGGGGAAGGUCAGUCGUAACUGUACCGAGGACGGCUGGUCUGAACCUUUCCCUCACUAUGUGGACGUCUGCUUCUUCUAUGACAACACAACUAAACCUGAUAGCUACUACGCCUCAGUCAAGGCUCUGUACACCGUUGGCUACAGCACAUCGCUGGUGUCUCUGACUACAGCCAUGGUCAUUCUCUGCAGAUUCAGGAAGCUCCACUGCACCAGGAACUUUAUUCACAUGAACUUGUUUGUGUCUUUUAUCCUGAGAGCCAUCUCAGUCUUCAUUAAGGAUGGUGUGCUGUAUGCUCAGGAGGACAGCGACCACUGCUUCGAGCACACAGUGGCGUGUAAAGCAGUGAUGGUUUUCUUCCAUUACUGUGUCAUGUCCAACUAUUUCUGGCUGUUCAUUGAAGGUCUAUAUCUCUUCACUCUGCUGGUGGAGACUUUCUUUCCUGAGCGACGCUACUUCUACUGGUACACCAUUGUAGGAUGGGGAACUCCCACCAUCUGCGUCACUGUCUGGGCAGUUCUGAGGCUCCACUUUCAUGACACUGGGUGCUGGGACACAAAUGAGAACACUGCCCUCUGGUGGGUGAUCAAAGGACCAGUUGUGGCCUCCAUUAUGAUAAAUUUUGUCCUCUUCAUUGGAAUAAUCAUCAUCCUGGUCCAGAAGCUGCAGUCCCCUGAUAUUGGAGGAAACGAAUCAAGCAUUUACCUCAGCUGUGCUCAGAAAUGCUUCAGUGAGCCCACACAGGCUGUUCAGCAUUCGUGCAGGAUGUCAGAGUUAUCCACCAUCACACUGCGUCUGGCGCGCUCCACCCUCCUGCUCAUCCCCCUGUUUGGUAUUCACUACACGGUGUUCGCCUUCUCACCUGAAGAUGUCAGCAAAAGGGAGAGACUGGUCUUCGAACUGGGACUUGGAUCCUUCCAGGGCUUUGUUGUAGCUGUCCUCUACUGUUUCCUCAAUGGAGAGUUUCUCCCUGAAGGUGCAGUCGGAGAUCAAGAGGAAAUGGCGCAGCUGGACGGUGAACCGGUACUUUGCUGUGGACCUGAAGCAGCAAAGGCACCCUUCGUUGGCGAGCAGUGGAGUGAACGGCGGGACUCAGCUGUCGAUCCUCAGCAAGAGCAGCUCCCAGAUACGCAUGUCAAGCCCGCUGGCGGAGAACGCCAACAUCAGCCUCCCGACCUGAGCGUCUGAUUGGCAGGAGUCAACUUCAAGGUGCCGUUCCACGUUUGUACAUCCAGACCAACCAGAACAGACCAAAGUGGCCCCUCACACUUCUUAAAUUGUGUAGAUUGGCCUUUAGAAAAAAGCAUCAACAUUUCUAAAAUCAUUUACUAGAUAUUCAUUAGCGGUGCAAAGCUGGUUUUCAUACUUGAUAAUUUAAUUUUUCUAUACUCUAUAAAUUUAAUUUAUUUGAGUAUUUUAGUUGGCUCUAUAGAUUUGUGAACUUAAGACCCUUCAUUUUAAAUUUAGCCCCUGUUACAAAAAAACCAAACAAUAGUUAAACAUGAAAUGUAGGGGUCAUAGAUGGCUGCUGGUGUGUAAAGUAAAUGUGCUUCAAAGUGCCGUACAGGUUGCCUGGGUUUGAUCUCAAAACAAUCCAAAGUUAAAUAACAACCAAACAUUCGCCUUGCUUGUACAAAUGCUCAUUGUUUAAAUGUUUCAUCUUAAAUUUAAACAUUUUUCUACAAUCAGCCAUAAGUACAGAGUAUGUCAAAAGAUUUAUUGAAAAAAAAAAACUCAUGGACUUUGUAAAUAGUUACUUUUGGUGUCUAGUUCAAAAUGUCUCUGUUUUGCAUAAUGCAGUAUUGUAAUAACCUUUUCAAACAAAAGGAACUGGAGCCCAAAUCUGUAGACUUCAUCACAUAUCCUGAGGACCCAGAAGAUCCAGCCCAAUAUUCUAAACUAUUUGUUUGUAUUAACUUAAUUAAUUAAUUAAGAACAUAGUGCCAGAAUGAAUGAGCACUGUGGGGCAGUGGUUCCCAACCUGGGAGUCACAAGAUGAAUCGGAAGGGUGAUGAGAUCUCAGAUACAACAAGUUACAACAUUUUUCUGCUCUAUUAAAUUACGUUAGGACAUUUAUUUGAGCUUUUUUUUCUCGUCAUCUGCAGGCUUCUAAAAAUAUUCUAAUUAAACCAUCUAAGAAACUUGAUGUGAGGAUGUCGUGAGUUGACUUUUGUUUUUAAAGAGUCACUAAACAAAAAAUAUCGGGAAGCACUGCUGUGAGAAUAGCACCAUAUAUACAAUACAACAUUUGAUUGAAACUUUUUUUUGAAGUGAUUUAUCCUCACAGCUAGUGUCAGUGUGGAGCCUUUAAGCUACAGUAGUUUCCUCCAGUUGGUUUUCAUGUUCUUGCAGACUGUGAACAUGUGCUAUUUAGUGGAUGCUUCUAUCCAGAGCUCCUCAUAGUGUCAUGGGUUUACAGUAUAUGUACAGCAUUUUAUUGGACUCUUUGUCUUGCUCUCUUUUCCCUGAGCCUCAACCCAUCGUGCCAUAUUAAAUAGCUUAUAAUUUUAACCUUUUGAAUGAACCAUCUCUUACACUCAUAUUCCAAAGUGCCUAGUCAGUCACAAAUAGCUAUCACUUUUAUUUGCAGUACAAUGAACAAUUAUCUUAAAGGUGUAUUAAUGUUUGUGUUCUUGGAAAGAAUGUAGAGUGGUGUAUUUUAUUGUGGAUCACUUUGCAAAGUUGUUUCAUUGUGUGCUGCUUUUAAAGAAAAAUAUUUUGUUCAUCUACUGGUGAAAUUCUUUUUUUUCUCUUUUUAUUAACUUACACUUAAAGUGAAGAAUCCUCCUGUGUGUUUUUUUUCUUUUUAAUCAUGAUAAGCUUGACAAGACUUGGGUAAUAGCAUGACAUCUUUGCUGCUUAAUUUAGCCACUUGGUCACAACCAGAGACACAACUAUCAUCUAUUCAACAUAACUGAAGACCAUUUCACCCCGGACCAACGGUUUCAUUAUAGAAACAUUACAUGUUGUAAUAGUUAACACAAAAUGCUUUAAUAUAACAGCUGUUGACAAUCGCAGAUUUUUGCCCAUUUUUUCUUUCUUUCUUUUUGUGCACAAACAAGCUAACAAACAAUAACUGUCCAGAUGGGGAAAUUAUUUAAUGGGGUAAAAUGUGAAGUGAUGUGUACAGGAGGAUUUCUCCACAAUAUUUUCUCAAGAUAUUUAUUUUUUGUACUGUCAUCUGAAUGGAUUACAAGAAUGUAGUAACUUUAAACAAUGAAUUGACAAUAUCAUUGAAUAGAUGUAUAUUUAUUUUCCAUGAAUCAGUGUCAUGUGAAUUCAAUGUACAGUAUACAUGCUUUCUUAUGUGUAAUUUAGUUGUUGCCUGAUGUAUGUUUUCAUUACAUUAGUUGAUGUUGACUUUCAUGGUCAAAGUGCCAUAAAUGUAGUGCCAUAACUAGUGACAGUGGAAGAUUUGUGGCACAGUGACUCAUUUCAAAUUAAAAAAAAAACAAAAACACUCACAGGUAAGUGCUGUCCAAAGCCGCAGAGGAUAUUGUGAGAGAUAAAACACAGAUAUAAUUUCUAAAAAAACAGGAUAAAACAUACUACUGAAGAGAUGCAUCAAUUUUAUGCAUCUGCUUGGCUGGUUUUGGACAAAAAAAGUGUGUGACUGUAAGACAAGAUAAUAACCUGUGAACUAGUGCCAGAGGCAGAAAGUUUUUUUUUUAAUUAGGAAGGUUUUAGAAGGUGUUACAACCGCAACAGAUAAAACACAAAGUGUGUACUAGGGUGUCAUUAAAAACCACUCUGCUGCUGCUUAAGUGUUCUAUCACCAGCCGUCACUCUGAGUCUGAAUCAGCUCAGAUGGAAACGACCAUGUCUCAAAGCUGUUAGUGUCUGUGAAAAGAAGAGUAGAAAAUUCCUUACUUGAACAUGUAUGUGCUGUAUAUUUGUCUGCCACAAGAUGGCAGCCAAGUGUAACAAUUUUAGUUUAAUAGAGAAGGGGAACUGGCAGUGAUUUGCUUUUUGAGCCUUGUACUUUGAAUUUUGGGUGAAAUGGGGGUAGGGUGAGGCAUUGAGGUAUUUAUAUGCCACAUGCAUAACAUUGCUCACAUGUACCUUAUGAAAUUUUUCAAAUCAACAAACAAGCCUACAAAUUAGAUUUUUUUUCAAAAUGAGGUCUGAUGUGCAAUAGAAGUAGGUGACCCAAAAUGUCCUUCCUGCUCACUCUAUUUUCAAAACAAACUGUGAAGUCUUUGAAUUUUAAAACAUUUAUUCUAUGGGAGGAAAUUGGAGAAUCUGGGACAUUUUCUAGUGCUAUAACAAAAUCAGGGAAUGUUACUUAUACUGCAUAGCUGUAGUUUUGGCUAAAGCUAACCACACCUCUCUACACACACACCUCUUACAGUUAGUUUAGCAUUACAGUAAUACACUUAUAUAUGUGUCAAAGAAAAGCCUGACAUGUUCUCUUAAAGCAAUAGUCUGACAUUUUGUGAAACAUGUUCAUUCGUGUUCUUACUGAGUUAGAUGAGUUGUUACAACUAACAUGUCUGUAUGCUAAAUAUGAAGCUACUGCCAGCAGCAUCUUAGCUUAGCUUAGCACAAAUACUAAAGGCAAAGGGAUAUGGGUAGCCUGACUCUGUCCAAAGGAACCCUCAGCUCACUUAAUUCCCUGUGAAACCACAACAAAUUUCUACACUUAAAAAAUAUAAUAAACAAUGUGUACUAGCUGAUAUCUGCUAGUAAGAUAUAAGAUAAGCUAGCUACAUUAACUAUUAGCUAGCUUAUAUCUACUAGCUAGCUUUUUAGUUGUAUGUAAGGACUGUGGUUGUAGCCUAUCCACCUAGUAAAUCUUAGCUAGCUGAACUCAACGAGUUAGCUGUUUCCACUAUGUACAGUCUUUGUCGUAUCAAUCUUCUCAUCUAACUCUCGGCAAGAAAACAAAUAUUUUGUGUCUAUCCCAAAAUGUCAAACUAUUCCGUUAAAUGUAACUAUUCUCAGUGUGGCAUAUCUCUAUGUUUAGAUGCAUUUUCUUUGGCGGUUGUGUGUUGAGCCAGUUUUAUAGUGGUGAGCAUAUGUGUGUGAGUUCUAUUGAUUGCCAAUGAAUUUUUGAAUGUACCGAUGUUGCUCAGCUGCUCUUAAAUGUCGCCUGCUAUCAAUUUGCCAUAGUGUACAAAUGAUGUCUUUUCUUGAUCAUAUAUACAGUACAAUGUAUAUAUAUUUUUUGGGCACACAGGUGGACCUCUUGAGGAAGACCUGUAAUGUUUGUGACUGUGUUUUUCUAUGUUUAUGUAACUGUCUUCAGAGUGUGUGUGCGAGUAUGUUUGAAAGUUGGAGAGAGUGUAUUCUGUGCGCAUGUGUAUGUAAUAACAAGCAUUCAUGGAGAUAAAAGUAACUUAAAUGUCAAAAGAAUAGCCUAUCUAUAAACCCUCAUCCAUAUUAUGUUCUACCUGUUACAGUGUGUCAUGUGUAACAUGCGUUCUAGUGUCCAACAUUCAUGUCCCGGAUUGUGUAAAUUUGACUGCAAAAUAAAUAUAUGUGGUAAAUUUUU